AUGUUUAUGCAGUUUGUGCUGAUGAGGAAACAUGUCUGCCACCGUCCAGGCUGCUCCAGCAGCUUCAGCACAGACAUCAGCAGGACGGGAGCGGGGGUCUGUGGGAGGGGCCUCAUCGGUCUGCAAACAGGGAUCUUCUCCGUGACUGGCCCCUGGUCCUGGUCCUCGUCUGGUGAUCGUUACACCGGAUUGCGGCGAGGAGCGGCGUCGUGGUGGCGUCCCUCAGCUCGGAGCCCUCGGGGGGGUGUAGAAGAGGAGAGGAAUUACGAUCGGACCGAGUGA